AUGGACGAAGGGGAUGGAUGGGCGAGGAGAGGACAAGCUGGCGCCGCAUUGUCGGCAUCAUCAUCCUUGCUGUCCAGGCAACACAGCUACGGUCCCGGCGGUCGCUGCUUGCCAAUGCAUCAUUGGCUCGGCUUGCUCGCUUCCAUCCUGCUCGAACUGUCCGCUUAUCGAUUUAUUCCUGAUGCAUUUGCUCAGAAUAUGGACAACAGUAGCAGCAUCGUGAUGUCCAUUGAAACGCUCUGUCUGAUCACAGCAAUUUUAGGCCCGACAGUGCAUGCAUUAAUUUAUGAGCGUAGUCGUAAGCAUGAGUUAGAUUCGGCGGAGCGCUAUGAUGCGGAUGGUGAUUUAUCAGUACCGAUUGAUGCGCAGGGACUUUCGUUCCAAUUUAACUCAACCAACGUCGAAUCGGAGGCCGAUCGACGAAGGAAAAAUGCACCAGCAAAGUACGAGAAUAAUCGCAGUCUUUGUUAUUGCAACUAUUCUCCGGAAUUCUGUGGUGGAUACACAAAUUCAACUUGCAUGAAGCAUCUGGAAGCGUCGUGCUUUCAUUUUACUGAAGAGAUCUAUAAUGAGAAGAUGUUGCAAAUGGAGACGGUACAUUUGUUCGGUUGUGCUCCGUUAACACGUGGAUCCAAUGGCUCCUAUUUUACGGUAACAUCUUGCCUGUAUUUGCGCUUGUCUCUCUUUCUUUUAAAAAAGCAAAAUAGUGAGCAAAAUUCCAUUCUGCGUGGAUCGACGCCGAACUUGCUUGCAUACAGCUUCUGGGUGAAAAACAGAACUUAA